UAUAGAAGCGCAUCAUGAAGCCUAAGGAUUGUCCAAAGCACUGCGGACAAAGGUCUUCCUAAACCCUAACCAUAUGGGAGAACAGAAGUUUUUCCUCUCUGACUUAAUCUCGCUCUGCAGCAGUUUUCAGAGAUGGAGUUUUAACAUUGAAUGCGGAGAACACUAAUUAUGCCUAUCAAGUUCCAAACUUCCAUAAGUGUGAAAUCUGUCUGCUAUCUUUUCCAAAAGAGUCCCAGUUUCAACGCCACAUGAGGGAUCACGAGCGAAAUGACAAGCCACAUCGAUGUGACCAGUGCCCCCAAACAUUUAAUGUUGAAUUCAACCUGACACUUCAUAAAUGCACCCACAAUGGGGAAGAUCCUACCUGUCCUGUGUGUAACAAGAAAUUCUCCAGAGUGGCUAGUCUCAAAGCGCAUAUUAUGCUACAUGAAAAGGAAGAGAAUCUCAUCUGCUCUGAGUGUGGGGAUGAGUUCACCCUGCAGAGCCAGCUGGCCAUACACAUGGAGGAGCACCGCCAGGAGCUGGCUGGGAGCCGGCUUCAUGCCUGCAAGGCCUGUAGGAAAGAGUUCGAGACGUCCUCCCAGCUGAAGGAGCACAUGAAGACUCACUAUAAAAUUAGGGUAUCAAGUACAAGGUCUUAUAACCGGAACAUUGACAGGAGUGGAUUCACAUAUUCAUGCCCGCACUGUGGAAAGACAUUUCAAAAGCCAAGUCAGUUAACUCGGCAUAUUAGGAUACACACAGGUGAAAGGCCAUUUAAGUGUAGUGAAUGUGGGAAAGCUUUUAACCAGAAGGGGGCAUUGCAGACUCACAUGAUUAAGCAUACAGGUGAAAAACCCCAUGCCUGUGCCUUCUGUCCUGCUGCCUUUUCUCAAAAAGGGAAUCUCCAGUCCCACGUGCAGAGAGUUCACUCAGAGGUCAAGAAUGGCCCUACCUAUAAUUGUACAGAAUGUAGUUGUGUAUUUAAAAGUCUAGGUAGCUUGAACACUCAUAUCAGCAAGAUGCACAUGGGCGGACCACAGAAUCCAGCAAGCUCCACAGAGACCGCUCACGUUUUAACGGCCACGCUGUUUCAGACGUUACCUCUCCAGCCGACGGAAGUCCAUGUCACGUCUGCGUCGAGCCAACAGAAUUCCCAGGCUGUGACCGACGUCAUCCAGCAGCUGCUGGAGCUCUCAGAGCCGGGGCCGGCGGAGUCCAGCCAGCCCCCACAGCCCGGCCAGCAGCUCAGCAUCACCGUGGGCAUCAACCAGGACAUUUUGCAGCAAGCCUUAGAAAACAGUGGGCUGUCUUCAAUUCCAGCUGCAGCACACGCUCACGACACCAGCCAUGCCAGGACGCCCUCGGUGCAGGUUCAGAAUCCGGAUGCUCCUCACGCUUCGAGUGAGCAGACCCACUCCACAGAGGCAGAGCAGGGAAAAGAUCAAGAAAGCCCAGAGAAGUUGGAUAAAAAAGAAAAAAAAAUUAUAAAGAAGAAAUCACCAUUUCUACCUGGUUCAAUCCGCGAGGAGAAUGGCGUCCGGUGGCAUGUGUGUCCUUACUGCACGAAGGAGUUCCGGAAGCCUAGCGACCUGGUGCGCCACAUCCGCAUUCACACCCACGAGAAGCCCUUCAAGUGUCCGCAGUGUUUCCGGGCCUUCGCUGUGAAGAGCACCCUGACCGCUCACAUCAAAACACACUCGGGCAUUAAGGCCUUCAAGUGCCAGUACUGCAUGAAGAGCUUCUCCACCUCGGGGAGCCUCAAAGUACACAUCCGCUUGCACACAGGGGUCAGACCUUUUGCUUGUCCUCACUGUGACAAAAAGUUUCGAACCUCAGGCCAUAGGAAGACUCACAUUGCUUCUCACUUUAAACACACGGAGUUAAGAAAGAUGAGGCACCAGCGUAAACCUGCAAAGGUUCGAGUCGGCAAGGCCAACGUUCCAGUCCCCGAUAUUCCUUUGCAAGAGCCGAUUCUCAUAACUGACGUAGGUCUUAUCCAGCCCAUUCCAAGAAACCAGUUUUUUCAAAGUUACUUUAAUAAUAAUUUUGUAAACGAAGCAGAUAGACCGUACAAGUGUUUUUACUGUCAUCGUGCGUAUAAAAAAUCUUGCCACCUUAAACAACACAUCAGAUCACAUACAGGUGAAAAGCCUUUUAAAUGUUCUCAGUGUGGAAGAGGCUUUGUUUCUGCAGGAGUGCUCAAAGCACACGUCCGAACGCACACUGGACUAAAAUCUUUCAAGUGUCUGAUAUGUAACGGAGCUUUCACUACUGGUGGGAGCUUACGGCGACAUAUGGGUAUCCAUAAUGACCUUCGUCCCUAUAUGUGUCCCUAUUGCCAGAAAACAUUUAAGACCUCACUAAAUUGCAAAAAGCACAUGAAAACCCAUAGAUACGAGCUUGCCCAGCAGCUCCAGCAGCAUCAGCAAGCUGCCUCGCUGGACGACAGCGCUGUGGACCAGCAGAGCAUGCACGUCUCGACGCACAUGCAGGUGGAGAUUGAGAGCGAGCAGCUGCAGGCGGCAGCGGCGGGCCCUGCGAACCCUGAGGCCAUGCUGGACCUGGAGCCUCAGCAGGUCGUGCGCACGGAGGACGCGGGACUGGGUCAGCAGUUGACGCAUCAGCCUCUGGAAGCAGAUGAAGACAGGUUCGUGGCUCCACCACCCGCUCUCCAGGGGCACAUGGACCAGUUUGAAGAGCAGGCGCCUCCGCAGCCGUCCUUCGAACCGGGUGGCCUGUCACAGGGCUUUACCGUGACGGAUACGUACAGCCAACAGCCCACGUUUGCCCCCGUCCAGCAGCUACAAGACUCCAGCACGCUGGAGUCUCAGGCCCUCUCCACCAGCUUCCACCAGCAGAACCUGCUGCAGGUCCCCAGCUCUGACGCGAUGAAUGUCACAACGCGUUUGAUCCAAGAGUCGUCCCAAGAGGAACUGGAGCUGCAGACUCAGCGUCCCCAAUUCCUGGAGGACAGGGAGGACCAGAGCCGGCGCUCCUACAGGUGUGAGUACUGCAACAAAGGCUUUAAGAAGUCCAGCCACCUGAAGCAGCACGUGAGGUCCCACACCGGGGAGAAGCCCUACAAGUGCAAGCUCUGUGGACGCGGCUUUGUCUCUUCUGGGGUCCUCAAGUCGCACGAGAAGACACACACAGGGGUAAAGGCGUUCAGCUGCAGUGUUUGCAACGCCUCGUUCACGACCAACGGCAGCCUCACGCGGCACAUGGCCACGCACAUGAGCAUGAAGCCCUACAAGUGUCCAUUCUGUGAGCAGGGCUUCCGGACCACAGUGCACUGUAAGAAGCACAUGAAGAGGCACCAGGCCGUCCCCUCUGCUGUGUCCGCCACGGGGGACGCGGAAGGAGGAGAUGUGUGUAUGGAGGAAGAGGAAGAGAAUUCUGAAAGAAGUGCAUCUCGAAAGGCUCGUCCCGAGGUCAUCACUUUCACGGAGGAGGAGACGGCGCAGUUAGCGAAGAUUCGGCCGCAGGAAAGUGCGACCGUCUCCGAGCAGGUCCUGGUGCAGUCGGCGGCCGAGAAGGACCGCAUCAGCGAGAUGAAGGACAGGCAGGCGGAGCUGGAGGCUGAGCCCAAGUACGCUAACUGCUGCUCGUACUGCCCCAAGAGCUUCAAGAAGCCCAGCGACCUAGUGAGGCAUGUUCGGAUCCACACUGGAGAAAAGCCAUACAAAUGUGACGAAUGCGGGAAGAGCUUUACCGUUAAGUCGACUCUGGACUGCCACGUGAAGACCCACACAGGUCAGAAGCUCUUCAGCUGUCACGUCUGCAGCAACGCCUUCUCGACGAAGGGAAGCCUGAAGGUGCACAUGCGUCUGCACACAGGAGCGAAGCCUUUCAAGUGUCCCCACUGUGAGCUGCGCUUCCGCACGUCGGGGCGGAGGAAGACUCACAUGCAGUUCCAUUAUAAGCCCGACCCCAAGAAGGCGCGGAAGCCAGUGACUCGAAGCUCCUCGGAGGGACUGCAGCCCGUGAACCUGCUCAGUCCGACGUCCACCGACCCCAACGUGUUCAUCAUGAACAACUCUGUUCUCACGGGACAGUUCGAUCAAAACGUACUUCAGCAAGGCCUGGUGGGCCAGGCUAUUCUUCCUGCCUCCGUGUCCGCCGGCGGUGACUGGACAGUGUCCCUGACGGAUGGGAGCCUGACCACCCUGGAGGGCAUACAGUUACAGUUGGCCGCUAACCUAGUCGGCCCCAACGUUCAGAUCUCUGGAAUCGAUGCCUCCAGCAUUAAUAACAUCACGCUGCAGAUUGACCCAACUAUUUUGCAGCAAACGUUACAGCAGGGCAACUUGCUUACUCAGCAGCUGCCGGGGGAGCCCGGCCUGGCCUCACAGAGCAGCUCUCUUCAGACCCAGGACAGCACGGUCCCAGCCAGUGUCGUCAUCCAGCCCAUCCCUGGCCUGUCCUUACAGCCCACCGUGACGUCCGCCAGUCUGACCAUCGGCCCGCUGUCUGAGCAGGACCCUGUGAUGACCACCAGCAGCAGUGGGACUCAAGACCUCUCUCAGGUGAUGACAUCGCAAGGCCUGGUGUCCACCUCCAGCGGCCCCCACGAGAUCACCCUGACCAUUAACAACUCAAGUCUGAGCCAGGUCUUGGCGCAGGCUGCCGGGCCCACCGCUGCGUCAUCCUCAGGGUCUCCCCAGGAAAUCACCCUGACCAUCUCUGGUCAAGAUCUUAUUCAGCACAAUGCUAAUGGAAGUAGUGAAGUGAACGGAAGCAUAAGGCUCUCAGCUCCUGCUGCCAGUGGUCAGUCCGCCGGCGCCACCCUAACCAUAAGCAGUGACCAGCUGCUCGCCCAGAGCGCGACCCUGAACUCCUCAGAGCUGAAUGCUACCCCUGGAAGCCUCCCUUCGACGACACCCAUGUCUCCAUCGGCCAUGUCUGCUCAGAACCUGGUCAUGGCUUCAUCAGCAGUCGGAGGAGAUGCUAGUGUCACGCUCACUCUGGCCGAUACUCAGGGCCUGCUCUCCGGAGGACUGGACACGGUCACGCUCAACAUUGCUUCUCAGGGUCAGCAGUUCCCAGCCUUACUCACGGACCCCUCGCUGUCGGGCCAAGGGGGAGCAGGUUCGCCACAGGUCAUCCUAGUGAGCCACACCCCACAGCCCUCCGCCGCUGCGUGUGAGGAAAUCGCCUACCAGGUCGCCGACGUGCCGGGCGGGCCGCCCGCGAAGGAGGGCCGGGUGCACGAGUGCUUGGAGUGUGGCCGCACCUUCGCGUCGGCCGCCGUGCUGCUUCACCACAGCAAGGAGGUGCACGGCCGGGAGCGCAUCCACGUGUGCCCCGUGUGCAGGAAGGCCUUCAAGCGCGCCACGCACCUCAAGGAGCACAUGCAGACUCAUCAGGCGGGCCCUUCGCUAAGCUCCCAGAAGCCAAGAGUGUUUAAAUGUGACACCUGUGAAAAGGCGUUCGCCAAGCCCAGCCAGCUGGAGCGGCACAGCCGCAUCCACACAGGAGAGCGGCCGUUUCGCUGCACUCUGUGUGAGAAAGCCUUCAACCAGAAGAGCGCCCUGCAGGUGCACAUGAAGAAGCACACGGGCGAGAGGCCCUACAAGUGUGACUACUGCAUCAUGGGCUUCACCCAGAAGAGCAACAUGAAGCUCCACAUGAAGCGGGCGCACAGCUACGCAGGGAGUCUGCCGGAGCCCGUGGUCCAGCAGGAGCACGGCGCCGAGGAGCUGAGCCGGACCCUCCACCUGGAGGAGGUGGUGCAGGAGUCCGCGAGCGAGUGGCAGGCCCUGGCCAAUGUGUUCUGACGCGGCCCGUCCCCACCUCGGAGGCCGUUUCUGAAGUUAAAUGUUGCGAAGAACGGAGCACUUGGAAUUAUUUCUGUUUUGAGGCUUCAGGUGUUAAAAAUGUUACCACGCUAGUUUUUUAGCUAUAAAAUUAUCUCAAGAAUCAUUGUCUUCAGAGACUGAUAGGAAACAACCGGGAGCAGUGUGAACGUGUCGUUGUCAUUUGUCUACAAAUCACUGAACUCAGGUACUACACUGGGGCAGUUCUACCUUCCCCUCGGCGGCCAGUGCAUCUAGUUACAAAGACGUUAACUGGAUCUUACUAUCAUUGUAGUGUGACCUCUUUGUAUUAGCAAAGACCGAAGGUAACGUGGAGAAAGUAAGAUAGAUUUUCCUUCAUGCUUUCUGUUGUAAGAAGCAUAGCUCAUAAAACAAACAUAAAAUCGGUGCAUGAAGUUCAGAAAAAUGUUAGAACACACAGGGAAGUGUUUUCCAUUUUCUUUCUCUGUGCAUUUUGAAAUUAGAAAUUGACUCUUUUUAGUCUACCAUAAGUUACUAGAAUACCUGGAGAGAUGGCUGGACCAUUCUCUCUGCAUUACGAUUCUCGAACCAUUAGCUACAAGACUGCAGCAUCGGGGCAUAAAUGGGGGAGGGGGGCACAAAUGAGGAUGAAGGCGUCCUCACAGGGUGGGGCGCGGGGCCGCACUUGCUUCCUAAGUCCACCUUCAGGUCCGUGGGUUAGAUGAUUGCAGAAAGCACAAGCCAUACGUCGCAAGCAGGUGAGAGCAGAACUGUGUCCUCGGAGUAAAGGAACCGUGGCCCCGUCCCGCCCCAGCCACGAAGCGGCGUGUUCGUAGGUUAGAGGUAACAUCCCGAACAAGCCCCGUGUUCCUCUCUUCAUGCAUAGGCAGGUGUGUUGUUUAUUUCAGGGAACUCUUUACUAUCAUCAAUGGUGCCACAUUGAACACGUCCCAAACCAAAUCCCACCCCGAGCCGGGGCAGAGUGUGCGUUGCUCCUACAGCAUUCCAAAGACGGAAAGUUCUUUACUUCAUGUGAGUUUCUCCUUCAGAAUUAUUUAUAUGUUCUAUAUAUAAAUACGUAUGUACAUAGACAGAUAUAUGGGCCUCUGUGUGGCUGAACAGUAUAUUUUGUAAAUAGAAGCACUCGUCCCGAUUGCAGAGAGAGCGCGUCAGAGUUCUGACCUCCCCACGAGCACUUCCGAUCAGUAUUGUAUUCAUUAUAGUAAUAAAUGGGUAUCUUUUUCAUUGUAACAUAAAGGUGGGGUUGUUUUGCUUUUGUUUUUUUCCUGAAAAAUAAUUGCCUUUAUUUUGUCUCAUGGCCUCCCUGGUUUCAGAAGAGAGCAGCUUUAUUAUAAAUAUUGUAUGGACUUUGUAUAUUAAGAGAGGAGCUCAUUUCAGAUUCGUGAAGAGACAUUUUCACUGUUAUUUUUUCAAAGGGCAUCUUUUGAUUUUUGUUGUUGUUCACUUUUUGGCAUAUGUACAUAAGUAAUAUUGAUGAUAUAAAAACUUUUGUUAUGUGAAAAUAUUUAAGUCAGAAAACUGUUAAAUAAUAUUACUUUUUUUUUCAAACCGCUUUGUGUAUUGUAUAUUUUUUUAAGGAAAAAAAAAAAGCCUUAUUUGACUUACUCUUGUGAUACUGGACCUAUUACAUAUCCUGAGGUUUUCCCUGAAUGUCAGUGUGUGGCUGUAGUCCAUAUAUUCCGAAUAAUUGUAAUUGUGCCAGAGUUUUAAAGAUUCUGCUUUUAAUGCACUUUUCUUUUAUAAUUUUGUAUUAAAAUAUUUUAGAAAUGUUGAUUAAUUUUGGUGAACAGAUAUCUCCAAAGUUGAAAUUAUUGGAAUUUAAAAAAAAAUUUGUUCUUGCUAGGUUAUUUAUUUUGGUUGUAGCAUUAAAUGUCAUCUCUCAGGACAAGUCUCUAAAAGGGGUUUAUUUAAUUCCUAAUUGUACAGAAAGCAUAGUUCAGUGAACUGUGUUGGUGAACCGCCUGUUUAUGUAAGGGUUUACCAGGUGAAUCUAAAGCCUACUUUUAUUUUCGUCAAAGAAAAAGAAAAAAAGAUCUAUCAGUGAUUCAUUUUUUGAGUUUUCUCAAUUUAUUAACUAUUAGCAGGCAAACACAAGACAUUAAUAUAUUAUUUUUAUUUACUUCCUAAUUAUAAAAGCUGCUUCUUUGCAAAACAUUCCUUGAAAAUAUAAGGUUUUGUAAAGACAUAAUUUCACUUGAACCUUUGGUGGAGUACAGGUUGAUCUUUAUAUUUUACUGGUUGAUAAAUGUCUUCUGACGAGAUUUCUAGCCUCCUGCAUAACCAGGGUUUUGAGAAUAGAUAACUGUAUUUUUAGAAAUAUCUCAUCUUAGCGUAUCUGCUUUGGAAUAACAAUAAAUAAAAAAUGAAGUUAGGAA